CACCGAAAUGACCUAGCGCUUUUAUCACCAGUUUAAUAAGUCGUAAAAUUGCCCAGACAGCGCGUAUCUCUCGCAGUACGUUUCUCGACAAUGGUAAAGCUUUGUGUAAAAGUUUCCUUGCUGCCACGCCAUGCAUCAGUGCCAUCACUAAAAUGUUUAAAUCGACCAUUAAACGGAAUUCAACUAUUUUUCUUCACAAAGAUUUAAUCCGGAAGGAUUAAUAACAUCCUUUCGUUAUUAUAACCGACCCUGACUGCUGAGCGAGAGAAAGGAAAAAUUAUGGAUACCCUCGCCCAAAGGUUCUCUUCCAUCAUAUCCAGCUCAUCGACGUCGUCAAGAAGUUCAGGUGACGAAUGGACUCGUAAAUCAUACUUCAACCCUAUUCGUGAAUGAUCUUACGAAAGACACUGAGGAGCGUGUGAUCACAAAUGAAAAAAAAUGAGAUGUCACAAGAUAAAAGCGGAUGAGAUCCAGAUUCCGAAAUCAUGCAAUCCAUCGGCUUCCAGGACAACAUUGGCAGGGUCAGUCUCAACAAAUAGCCAUCGAAAUGGACGAUUAUGAAAAAAAUUAAUGAAAAUGGAAUAUCGGAUGCCAAAAAUCAAAUGAUUAUGCUGGCUACUGAACUUUUAUCUACGCUUUACUCGUGGAGCGGAGAUAAAUGAACAUAGUAUUCUAAUGCUGGUCCGCCGUCUACUAUACUAGGAAAACAUUGUUUCAUUUCACAACGGAUUUUACCACCCAAAUCAAAACCCAUUUUAGAGUGAGUUUUUGGUUCUACCAGUUGCCUGAAUUGAGGAAGCUGUUCAAUAAAUUCGAUAAAGCUGGACGAAUGGAAUAUUUUCGGAAACGCAAAGACCUAGGAUAAAAAAUAGCACUGGCAGUUGCCUCAAGUUUAAACAUUUAGAAAUGAAUCAGUGAUUGGUAAACCUACUCAAACUCAGGAAUUACAUCAGCACGAGACUGUGCGGUCCCUUAUGUCCGCCCACCUUCAGUCGUAUCAACAUGACAAUUCUAAAAUCCUUUGCAAAAAUCAACAAUUCCUUGUGGUGGCAGAGCAAAAGACAAGGACAAACGGAGCAAAAUGCCUAAACUAAACGUGCCAGUAUCAAACGAUCGAAUCCGCAGACACAAAAACCAAAAACCUCAAUACCUUAAGAAACUUAUCGGAAAACAAUUCUAAAAGAAUGUCAUAAAAAAUUCAGCUCUAGUGGAAAGGAAAUUAACUACGUCCUACCUUCUAAGGAGAAUACUGGGCAGCAUGUCUGGGUGCUCUCCAUCCGUAGAGAAUUUUAGAGUUGACAUCAUCCGGGUGGGAAACGACGAGAAUGGAUUUAACCAAAGGCAAAGAUUCAUGUUCUCCAUCGGUUGCAACUAAAAAUCAAAGCAAACAAAAGGAUUAGGUCACAAAAAUAUCGAAACUUUGAGUCAAAUGGACGCAUUAACAUUUCAAACAUUUAGGUAACAGCAGCAUUAAGAUAAACUUAAAAUUCAACUGCACAACAAUGUAUAAAAAACUGAAGAAAAUUAGGUCUUAAAAAUUCGUACGUCAAAGCGAUCCAAACGAAUUUUCCACAGCCUAGUCCCAGAUAUCCAAAUAACACCAUAAAAUCCAAACUGUUCUUUUCCGGCUCUUAAAAACAGCUAUUUAAAAAGGCAAUUCGUUUUUAUCAGCUCAUUUUCUUGUGUUAAAAUAUGCCGAGAAGCGUACACAGCUGUGUACACAUUUAAACUGCCAUUCCUGUAGCGAACGUCAACGCCUCUAGUUCAUUGGCGAAAUUUUUCUGUGACUUUUACUAUAACCAAAAUGGAAAGAAACAUUUUCCUGCUGUCAGUCAGUGUUGUGUUGCUUUUAUUAAACAACCUGACACUUGCCGGUGAAUAUUGUCAGGAUGAGCACAAGGAUUGCGACAACAGCGCCGGCGGAAUAAAACCAAGAAAUUCGCAACAACUUUCCGAUCUAAACACCGAUUUCGAAGUUGGGUCGCCAAAUUUCUGGACUGACGACUCCCCAUCGCAGACCGGAGUUCGAUGGAAGAUUGAGGACAUUAACUCGUCAUGGGAACUAAACAACCCGGCACCCCAACCUCCGGCCGGAAGAAAUUACAUACGUGUUGAUCGUGGCGCCACUUUGUCGUUCGGCAUCGCAGUUUUGCGCAGUCCAACAUUUCCAAUUCCUCCUUCCAGCUACAAUGACAUUUCCAUAUCUUUUGACUUUUGGAUCCGAUCCAAAUGGCCCCAGUUCACUAAUCUCGAGUUGUAUCUAAAUGAAAACGGAAACGAGAGGCUGCUUGUCAGUUUAUGGAACUAUUCCGACAUCAACAAUCGAAAUUGGGUUACGUAUCCUGUCAGUUUCUCUCAACUCGACAGUGGAUCUGAAUUCUCGUUGGCAUUUUACGCGUAUUGCGGCACGGACGUUGUGGAUGCUGUCGCCAUCGACAACAUCCGCUGGAUCGAUGCAUCGCCAACGACAACCAGCAGCACCGUGACGCAAUCGACAACACAAGAACGAACAACUGUCUCGACAAUAACGACGACUGCUUCAACGUUUUCAUCGACAACAGAAACUACAACUGUUAAAACAACAACAACUUCGACAGAAUUACCGACAACGAUGGAUGUGUCAACCUUUCCACCGACAACAGAAGGACCAACUACAAUUGAUGAAACAACAGAACCUUCGACAGAAUCACCGACAACGCCGAAAGCAGUAUGCGGAGGCUCCUACAUAGCCACAGAGGAAAGCACAUCUAUCUCGUCACCAAACUAUCCAAACUUUUACUCUUCUAAAGAAGUCUGCAUAUACAUCAUCACCACUCCCGACCCGCCAAUUGGGAAAAUCAGAUUAGAAAUUGUUGAUUUUCAAAUGGAGGCUCAACACGACUGGCUAUAUGUAUACGAUGGAAUGCCAAAUGAAUCGCCUCAAUUGUUUUCAGCCACUGGUUACCCUGGUUUCGAGGCGCCUGACAAUAAUCUUACAGCUUCUCUUCCGUGUUACGUAAAUUCCAGCGGUCCCAUAAUCUCAAUUGUACACGAUUCCGAUUAUUCACCGCAAGGCUCACUGAAGGGAUGGUUAAUAAAUUUCGUAGAAUUUGUUGAUUAGACGUUCUGCAGACCACACACUAUUACUUGUAAGUUGAUAAAAACAGCUCCCAUAUUCAUAACACAAGCAAUUUAACAAGGGAAACAUAUUUUCGAUGGUCGAAUCGACUUAACGUUGGACAACAAACGCUCAGACAUCUGCAGCCCUCGCUUUUCGCCCCAAAACUGAUGAAAAUUGGAAACGACGGUGGCAAUUCAAUUUUGGAUUCUUCCCUUCCCCCGUACCUCCAACGUUUGCCUUUGCAUCCCCCCUUUUGUAUUCUUUCAAACGGGAUAUUUGACUUCUACUCAAACUUUCUGUUAUUCAGUCGACCAUCAGCAACUCACAUAAAUAUAACACCAUAUCGACAGUUUUGUUUCAUCCAAGAAUUGAAUUACAUUUAGAAUAACAUCAAGUAUUAAAAAAUCGUACGGGCCAG